GUGAGCUGUGAUUGGUCACAGCUUGUCACAUGUUACAAGGCUGUUGUGAAUAGCCUUGUACCAUGUGACCUCUGUGAUCAUUCACAGAUUUCACACGUAGUAAGCAAUGAUGUCUGAAAGUGACAUCUUGCUUACUACUCUGCAUGUGAUCACUGAUUGGCCAAUCAGUGAUCACAUGAUCUGGGCCUCACACAGAGGUCCCGUCCGACGAUCGGUGUUUCACUGUGUCCGGAGGACACAGCGGGCAUCGGAUCGCGGUGCUGCGCGCUCCCAGGGAGCACGCACAGCUAGAAAAGGCGGGUGCCAUUUAUGA